AUGCCAUAUGAUGUCGAGCUAAAGUCGUCGAGUAUUGUCUUGUCACGCGAUUUACAUAUAGCAACGAGCCAGAAGCAGUCGAAAUAUCUCCAAUCUGCGCUGACUCGCUAUUCUAAAUACAUCUCUGAGCUAACAGGGAUUUCAGUCAAAAUCGAUAAGUCUCCUUCUUCGUCUGGUAAUCUGUUAACUAUUAGUUGCAAAUCGAAAAAUUGCAAUGAUGACAACUAUCCUGAACUCAACGAAGAUGAAUCUUAUAUACUCAAUGUCACAGAGACUGAAUCGUCGCUAUCAGCAAUUACAUUGACAGGUAUCGUUCGAGGCCUUUCAACAUUCGUCCAACUGAUCGAACGAGACAAGUCAUCAGGCACAGUUUUUAUUCCCUGUGUGAAUAUCGUUGAUCGACCCCGAUUUCCAUGGCGUGGUCUAUUGCUGGAUGUUUCUCGACAUUGGAUGCCGAUACCAGUCAUCGAACGAACAUUGAAUGCAAUGGAACUGAGUAAAAUGAAUGUUCUUCAUUUGCAUCUGUCAGAUGAUCAAGGUUUUCGUGUUGAAAGUCUGGUAUAUCCAUUAUUACACGAUCGAAAAGAUUACUUUAGUCAAAAAGAUAUUCGAUAUCUGGUGGAUUAUGCUGCCCAGCGACGUAUUCGUCUGAUACCCGAAUUUGAUAUUCCAGGUCACACAACGACUUGGUUUAUUGGCUAUCCUGAUUUAGCUACAGAGCGAGGUCCAUAUGAAAUUGCUACACAUUGGGGUAUAAUGAAAGCAACUAUGGAUCCGACAAAAGAAAGCACAUAUACUUUUAUUGAUAAGUUCUUCGAAGAAAUGACACAGUUAUUUCCUGACUCAUAUUUUCAUAUCGGUGGUGAUGAAGUCGAGGGUAGUCAAUGGAGAGAAUCAUUGUCUAUUCGGAAUUUUACUAGAGAACAUAAUAUGGCAGGUAAUCAAGAUCUGCAAGCUUAUUUCAAUAAGCGUAUUCAAAAAAUUCUCAAAAAAUAUGGAAGAGUUAUGAUUGGAUGGGAAGAAAUUCUGGAAAAUCUAGUCAUUGACCGAGAUGCUGCAAUUCAAUCAUGGAAAAGUCGACAAUCGUUGGUAGAUGCUGUUCAGAAAGGUUACCAAGCAUUGCUCUCUCAUAGCUAUUAUCUGGAUCAUAUCAACACAGCGUUAACCUACUACCGAGUGGAUCCUAUUCAUGAUCACGAACUGAAAAUGCUCAGUAAAGACCAGCAAAAGCGAAUUCUUGGUGGAGAGGCUUGUAUGUGGAGCGAAUUCGUUUCAAACGAGACAGUCGAUUCUCGCAUAUGGCCACAUACCCUACCCAUUGCUGAACGGUUUUGGUCACCGCCAUCGACAAUCGAUCUAAGAUCUGUUCACGAACGCCUCUUUCGUAUGAACCAUUUACUCGAUAAGAUGCAAACGGGUGUGACACAUCUGUCGUCAUAUAAAUCUCGAUUGCAAGAUUUGAUCAUCGACACUGACAAAAAGAAGGACCUUCUUCAUCCUUUAGUGAUUUUAGCUGAUGUUUGUGAACCCGGCGGUAUUAAUGAUCGGGCUAAAACAGGAAAAUAUAAAACGAAUACGCCUUUAACAACCUUCGCUGAUAUUUUACAAACUGAAAGCGAGCAAGUAUGGAAAGUUCAACAACUUUCCAUUGAUGAUCCAAAAUUAGCUGAAAUCUUCAAAACAUGGUCUCUCAUUUAUGUUCGUCUGCGGACUCUUUUUGAUGGCAAUGAAAUUCACAAAAGUAGAAAGCUCUGGGGACAGGAUAUUGAAAAAUUGUCCAAAAAUCUCGCUCAUGUCGGUCAAAUCGGCCUAAAAAUACUUGAAUACAGUGGUAAUAAAACAUUCAAAGACGAAAAAGCCAAUAGUACAAAUUCGUGGAAGUUAUCAGAGUGGAUAUCAAAUCAGCGAGCAGCAUUAGACGACUUAGAAAACAACGUUGCUGAAGUACGUCUAGCAGCUGCCAGACCAGUUCGCCGUUUACUUGAUUCCGUAAAGACAGCGAGUUAA